AUGCCGGUGGAAGAGCCAAUACCGUUCCUGUACUUAGGCGACGAUGAUCGGAAUAUCCCAGAUCUAAGCGACGACGAGUUCGACGACCUAGUAGCUGUACUCAAGGCUCUGGCUCGGGGUAGCUACCCGCGUCUGGAGUCAGUGCCUCUCGCACUAAACGCCUACAACUGCAACCAGAGGACAGACGAUGAUGGCGAGCGACCAUGGGCGUACUUCUACCCGAUCACUAUCAUCCCGCCCGCCCGGCUUGAUGAAAAGAACGAUCUGCUACCAAAUUACCCCGAAAUCCGGCUAGAUUUCGAGGUACGACAGGACUUGAAGCGGCGGUGGCGGCCCAUACGCUACGGAGACGACGAUGGCAAUGACAGUCAACCAGUGGAAUUUCCUCUUCCCGCGCGGUACCGUUUUAUAUGCUUUAUACACAAGCACAGGAUCGAUCGCAAGAAUAUUUUGCAGAAGGGCGUGCACACGAUUAGUAUCUGGGAUCGCGAGUGGGACGAACUGACCUGGCACGACACGUAUCACGUAGACAGGAUAUCGCGCAGAAAGGAUAUCCGAGAAUUCUGGAAACACGUCAAGGCACCGGGGUUCAUCGAUGAGGCGAACUCGCGAGAAUAUUUCAUGAGCCGGAUUCGCUACCGGACUGUAUACCAUAUCUGCGAGCACAUCGAAGAGACCCUGCGGCGUCCUGUACCUCCGCGACACACGAUCUACGCCGUGAUGAGCACAGCCCUCUUCCACAUGAACAACGCGCGCGACCCGCAGGUCUCCAUCGUGCCGGACCGGCUGGAGCUGUUCGGGGGACAGCACAAGGGCCUGCUGCCGCGGUUCUUUGCGCACCUGCUAUGUCUGUGUCUAGAUGUGCGGCCGGGCUGGUCUCGCGCGCGCCAGAGGCGCUUUGUGCUGCAGUUUCGUAUUCUGGAGCGUCUGCAGUGGAUGAGACUGCGUACGCGGGAGUAUUUGGAACUUCAUGAUAGUGAUAGAGAUGGCGAUUACAGGGUUAAUGCUAAGAGAAAUGACAGCGGUGGGCGGGAGUGGAUGUACGAGGUUUUGAACAUACUGUAG